AGGAUAUUUAGGUAUUAAUUUUUGCUCUGUAGUGUUUUUAUGGCUGCGUGCAAACCCCUAAAUAAUAACGAGACACUAAUAUGAAUGACGCUGUAUUUUGUGUAUUAUUUUGCCUUGUUAUUUAGUGGAUGUAGUACCCGGCUGUGUAACCCGAUAGGGGGCAGAGAGAGAGAGUGAGAGAGUGAGAGAGAGAGAAAAGAAAGGGGGGGUGAGGGAAUGUUGGACUGCAAUGGAGCAGAAUGCCAUACAGUGGUUAGGCCCCCCGUGCUGCCUCCGAGGCUCCUUUGCCUUCUACAAGUCGGUGAGCUGCAAGCCCAAGGAUGGUGGCCUCGCGAAGGUCUGGAGACUGGGAGAGUUCUACUAUGUUCGCUGUGGCCCUCAGGAGCCCGUGUGUAUCGCUGAGAUCACUCUGCUGUGGGAGGAUCAGAGACAGCGUCACCCUCUGGCCAGCUCCAGACUCUAUUACCUUCCAGAGGACACGCCCAAGGGCAGAACUAAGGAGCACGGAGAGGAUGAAGUCAUCGGUGUCUCUAAGAAGGUCGUGGUGCGAGUGGAGCAUCUGGUGAAAUGGACCUGUCCGGAGCCACCUCAGUGGAAACGGAACACCAAAAAGAUCCAUGUACUCAAUGGUUCCCCCUGUAUUACAGAUCCACAGGAAGUGAAAACCAAGGAUGAACUUUCGGGAGUUCAGCACAGGGUUAAAGUGCUCAGUUACCCGCAGUACUGCCGCUUUCGCUCCCUGCAGAAACGGAUCCAGAGCCACGCUGGCUGGUCCAGUCCUCAAGACCCUCAUCUCCUGGCUUUGGGCUGGAUCAAAAUGACCCUACACAACACCCGAAUCCUGUACUGCAGAGACACUUUCAGCCAUCCGAGUCUAGGCACCAACGCGAGUUUAAUACCCGAGUUCGGAUGCCUCUCCGUAAGCCUGAAGGGACGACCGAGGAAAAGACGGGGCCGAGACGGCGACGGAACCGAUCAGCAAAGCCUCAACCAUUCCGAGUCCUGGGGAGAGAGAAGGAAGGAGAGUGUCAUGAGCAAUGUGGAGACGAUCGAGGGGAACUUGCUUCCUCAUCCUGAGGAGAAGAUCUUUCUGGAUCAGCUGUAUGUCUUCAUGGAGCGUAGAGGAUCCCCUAUCUCCAAGGUUCCCAACCUGGGCUUCAAGAAGAUUGAUCUCUUCCUAAUGUACUCGACUGUCAACAAGCUGGGAGGAUAUGAAGCAGUGACGUCCCGGCGCUUGUGGAAAGUGGUUUAUAACGAGCUAGGGGGAAGUCCAGGCAGUACCAGUGCUGCCACAUGUACCAGAAGACAUUAUGAAAAGUUGAUGCUGCCGUACGAGCAGCAGAUAAAAGGAGGAAAUCAACAGCCGAGCAAACCCAAAGCUCCGGUAGCUUCGGCUGCGUCUAUCCGAAAGCCUGUGCGUGGGAGAAUUCCUAGCGCUCCAAGGAAGAACGGGGUCACUAGUCAGGCAGCACCACCAGCAGAUGGCGCCAGGGUGCGAAAAAGAGGACGGCCUCCUGGGAAACGGGCCGUUAAAGUUUUGGGUCGGGGCAGAGUUGGUAGACCUCCAUCGCACUCUAAAACUUCAAGUGAGAAGGCGGUGAGUAAAGUUGCCCAGCCGAUCACGGUCAUCCAGGAAGUAAGGAUUUCUUCAGCACCCACGGAUACCGCCCACACACCCCAGCAGCAUAAAGCUGAGGAAGAUCUAAAGGUGAAACAGGAGAACGAACCUUCAGCUCCUUGCUUAUUGGCUGGACAAUCUAAGCUGCAGAUGGGACGCUCGGUAGAAGGGUUCAGCCCGACUAAGGGGAUGUGUCCCCUGGAUUUCUUCAGAGCUCGUUUGGGCCUCAGUGGCGCGAGCAGUCCGGUGAGAACUCAGGAGGCCUCGAUCACAAGCCAGACCAAAGCCAGGAGUCCAGAAACGCCGGAGAAUUUGCAGCACCAGUGUUCUGGGUGCAACUCGGCGCAUCCUUCUUGGACUGGAGGCCCGAGAGAGGGCCUGACUGCCAGACCUCAGCUGCCUCCGCUGAAGAUCCUCCCGCUGGACAUCGAUUGCAGUCUUCAGCUGCACCGGUUGAUGCACACCCGCCUCGGCUCGGCACACAUGAACACGUUCACCAAGCGUCUCUCCGAAGCGUUGGCUCAGGAUCUUAGCAAGACCAACGGCCACGCCGUGCCCGUUUCUCAGGAGCAGGCUGUGCCUCUCAACCUGAGCAAGAAGCCCACAACCAAGAGGUCUUCAGAUGACACGGAUUCCCAGUGGCAAAGAGACUCCGAGGCCAAGCGGCUGAAGAUGGAACCCGUAGACCUUCGCCUGACUCUGAAGCAGAACGGAGGUUCCUCGGGACAGACGUCGGUCCAGGACGAGCCAGCUGACCUGAGUUGUCCACGCAGGGCCAGGGCUCUUCAGGACAGGACUAGCUUAGUCUCGACUGGAUCUCAGGAUUCCCAUUUAUCUCCAAAAGCUGACCUUAAUCCUUCCACAGACUCCGUUUUCCCUUUGAGCGUCGUCUCGUCAUCGGGCGCUGCUCUGAAAUGGCAGGAAAACGACUUGAACCCCGUGGACCUGAAGUUAGGCGAGACCCCCGAGAGAAUUCUGGUUAAUCAGAACACGGAAUCCUGCCCUAAAAGCGAGCAAAGUGUUCCUUACACGGAUUCCAACACGAGGGAUUAUAAAGUUCCUUCUCUUUUUUCCAAGCCUUCACAAAGCUGUUGACCUGCAGGCAUGAACAUGUGUCUGCCUUAAAAAAAAAAAAAAAAAUCUAUUCCUCACUCCUCUCUGCACACUUUAAUAGUAAUACUGUUCCUUCACUCGUUUCACUCGCACAAGCCGGCCUCGGAUUCCCGUUCUCGCCUGACGGGAGCGGAACCCGAUACGGUUUUCUGUCGUCGUGACUCAUCCGCCUCAGGAUACCGCGUGUUGAGAUGCUUUUCUGCUCACCACGCCUGUACAGGGUGGUCAUUCGAGUUCCCGUAGCUCGAAGCGUACCCGAAGCGUUUGGUCUAUAUCUGCAUGAUUCUACGCGUUGUGCCGCUGCUACCUGAUUGGCUGAUUCUCGUACAAUCCGCAUUAACGAGCAGUUCCUAUUAUUAAAGUGACCGGUUGGACAAUCCCAUUUCUUUGCAGAGUGUCUGAAACACUACUACUGUACUCCUCCUUUAUAUCUGUGGUUCUUAACAAAAGACCAGUCGUCUUGUGCGGUCGGAGAGCUUUUGAUCCAUUUUAGCGUAUUUUAUUAUUUUAUUGCAGGACUUGUGCAUCGGCCUCGAGCGGCCCAGCCAACGAAGGUGGUUUCACGUGACUUGGGGAACGUUUCCGGUUUUGUUCUCUACGUGUACGGUGCUUGUUUUGGGGAUACAGGAAUUCCGAGUCGUAUAUUUUUAAGAUAACUUGCAAAUGUCACGUUGUACGUCGCAAAUAACUUAAAAAGGCAAUUCCGCAGGAAUUGGACGGCUACUGUAGUUUGUUUAUGUUUGGUCAUUUUACGGUCAUGAAUACGCUAUUAAGCUUUAUCGUUAGUGCGUUAUAAAUUGUAAACCAUAUUUUUUUUUCCCAUUUU